CGUUAUCGCCCACUGCAGAGGGUUGUUAUUUGGUGCGUUUGGUUUUGAUGAACAGCGCCUCUUCGUGGACAAAAACAGACUCUAAAACUGUCAGUGAAGUAAAUCUUGUACGUUUAUUCCGCAGGUGUCACAAUGUGAGGCGGAGAGCGUUUGUAGACACCGUGUGUUUGUAAGUGUUUGCGUAUAAUAAGGCUGCGUGGCCCAGUUUGUGCACUAGCUGAUGAUAAUGUGAUGCUAGCUGACAGCAGCACCAUGGAGCGAGUACGCGGAUGAAGAAAAACGCCACCUCAUUUUCUUAUUUUAGAGUCCAUGCUAGCCGCCCGAGCUGUAGUGUUGGGCCUGACUUUAACAACUGCGGCCAAAGCGAUGACCACGACACCCUCCGAGCUCCGGGGGCUGCACGCCUCGGCCAGCCGUGAUGCGCUGUCGGGAAGCCCGCUGCAGAGGCUGCCGGCGGUUCCCGGUAGCCUCCCCAACCAAGUGAACGACCUGCUGCUCCUGCGGCCUGACCCGGGGGGGCAGGAGAAGAGCAGCAACCGGCAUGUGGUGUUUUUUCACGGGGAUAUUCAGAACUUCCAGGAGGAGAUGGCUCUGCAGCCUGAAGGGGCCCAGUGGCUUUCCUGGAGCCUGGAGCAGGUCGCCCUCAUCCUGGGCCACCACUUCCCCGACAGACACGUGUGGGUGGUGAGAGCCUCGCGCAUGUACCUGCACAAGUUCAGCUGCUACCAAAACUUCGUGGAGAGCAACAUGUUCGGGGCGCCGGAGCACUCGCCGUACUCGGUCGACUACGGAGCGUUUCACCACCUCAGGGCGCUGCUGAGCCACGGCAUGGAGCGAGCCAGCCUGCCAGACCCCCUCCAACCGGACAGCAUCCCCUCAGGCUUCUCCCUGACCCUGGUGGGCUUCAGUAAAGGCUGCGUGGUCCUAAACCAAAUGGUGUACGAGCUGCCCGGGGCCCGCGCCGACCCGCUGAUGUCGCCCUUCAUUAAGCGCAUCUCUGAUAUGUUCUGGCUGGACGGGGGCCACCCGGGGGGCAGCGAGACCUGGGUGACAGACAAGCAGGUUCUGAAGGAGCUGGCCGCCAGCGGCGUGUCGAUCCACGCCCACGUGACCCCUUACGAGGUGUGCGACCCGAUGCGGGCCUGGGUAGGCCGCGAGUACAGACACUUCAUUAAGACACUGGAGGAGUUUGGGGCGUGUCCAAGCAAGAAGCUGCACUUCAAGGACGAGCCGCCCUCCAUCGAGAACCACUUCAGGGUCAUCCUGGAGUUUUGAGCGCUUUACGUGACCUGUUAGAUUACAGAUUGUGUGUCUAAUCGCUGGUCUUACCUCAAACCUUCAGAUUUAAGGGCUCAGAUGAGUCAGAUGCUGGUUUGUUAAAUGCACUUACCCUGAGGUAGGACGAUCUUUCCUCUGCUCCCCUCAUCUCCACUGUCUUCCUUUCAAAGUCCUUUAGGCUAAACAAAAGCUUUUCCAUUUGCUCAGACUUCAUGUUGCUGCUGAUUAAUAUUUGGUUAAUUUCUAUAACUCGACUUGUUUGCCUGUUUAGCUGCAGCAGAAAAGCUUCUUACAUUCUCUUUAUACCUGCACUAGUGUUGAGCUACUUUUAGACCUGUGAAUGUCUGAGCAUCCUAACUCGCCUCCGGGCCCGGGCGUCGUCAGUGGGAAUAUCUGUCAAUUGUGUUUUAGCUGUAAUGAAUUAAUAAGCAGGCUUUUAAAAAGGGUUUGAGUUCGUUCCUUCAGUUUGAUCCUGAUGGUUGAUAUCCACCAAUGACGAGUCAGAAAAAGGAAACAGUUUAAAGUUUCCUUUUUUUUUUUAAGGGGAGACACUGCAGGCAAACAGUUUGAACUGUUUUGCUUACAGAACAUGUUUUCUUUAAUCUUAAUCAAGAUUAAUUAUAUUGUAACGAGUUAUGUUGUAGAUAAAGGAUGGAUGUAGCCACUGUGAUAUCACCUGUCGCUUUCUGACUGCACAUUUUGAAGUCUCAGCGCUGCCACUUUGAGACCUUCCAGGACUUUUGCACAUUUUCUUCCCGUUAGUCCCCGGUUACAUAUUCAACAAGCCUUUUUCUAAUGAGCGUUUAUAAAAAUCAGUGCGUAUUUUAAUGAGAGAAUCUCUCAUUUGCAUAUUUAAACAUACAAAUUUGGAAAACUUAGAACACAAAGUAUAAUUCUCUUACUGUAAGCAGCCAGCAGGGGGAGUUUCUCGGGCUGUACUUGGAUAUUAUUUCUUUUCUGUUUAUUUUCAUCACGCUUCAGUUCACUGCACUGUUGCUACAUUUGUUUCUAAAUUUAGAGCCUGUUCAGGCCUCCUUCAACACAUUUAUUUAUCCCCCCCAAAACACGCACAAAGGUGUUGUCGUUCUCAGCUGUCUUCAUCAGCUGAUCGACACCAGGCCACAGUGAGAUGGUUGUUCCAUAGUAAAACAUCUUCCAACUGUGAUUCUUAUUUAUUUUUUUAAUUAAUUUAUUUUUCAGAGAAAGAACCUGAUUCAAAAAGCUCCAAAAGAGUGGAAUUGUUUUUUUUCUCAGGCCUGUGUUGCUUGUUGGGAAGGUUUUCCAGUUACUCUUUGACCUGACCUUCCUCUCACUCACAGCCGUCAUCAUCGUGCUUCACUUUACUUUGUUGUUGACUUUGUCAUGUGAUUUUAGCCACAUCCCUUUGGAGACGGUUGAUCGGAAAAACCAUCUGGCGAGAAAUCUUUGGAUGCCUUGCUAGAGCUGCUCUCUCUCAGCUCUGUAAAGAGUGUCAGACUGUCUUUGUUCGUUGUGCAGCCAGAAUCAGAUGUGAGCCAUCGUCGUCCAGCAAAUCCUCCAAUAUUUGAUUAUAGUAAUAUAAUUAAUCCCAAAGCUUCAAAAAGUGGUCUUCAGCGCAGCCUUGUAAGUUUCCCAUUGAUACUUUUUCUCGUGUUCGCCUGCAGUGUCUCUGUUUAAGUCGCUGUAAAACAUUUUAUUCCAGCACAGUCACUUCCAGGUCUGUUCACUACAUAUUUUGGAGCCUCUGAUCACAUGAUCUUCAUCAGUUCUGCUGAGGAAGAUCAUGGAUUCAUAUGUCAGCUCUGUCAUCACGUUUGAAAAUCAACUUUUAAACUCAGUAUUAUUAUAACGACUACCAAAAUCUUUUUAACAACUUAUUUCAUGAUAAAUUUAAUUUUUUUAAAAGUAUAAAAUUUACUUUUUUAUGUUCUUGUGAAGGAAAAAAAUGUGUAGCUACAGUUUUUUUUUCAGUAAAAUGAGUUGCAGUAAUAAGAUGCAAUCAGGUGCUUCAGUGUUUAAACGGACGGUUGGGCGUUUCUCCUCUGGAUCGUACGGAUAUUUACGCCUGAAUUGUUUUGGGGGUGAGUUGCAGAGAUAUUUGCCUUCUUUUGAAUGUGUGUAUUUUUUUGGAGUAAGUGGGUCAUGAUUCCUCCUCUGAGGUAUUUGAUGGUGCGUGAGGGCUCUCCACACCAGGCUACAUGUCUGGUGUGGGCAGUGACUGAAAGAAUGAGAUCCAGGAUAUCGGUGGUGGAAAUUAACUUCCUUUGUGGAACUCGGCUAUUUGGGAGGAGUUAGAGUACAGCAGCUACUCCUCCUCAUUUAAGGCAUUGGUUGAGGUGGUGUGGGUGUCUGAGUAGUAGAGAUUAUGUCGGCUGGCCUGGGAGAGCCUCGUGUGCCACCAGAAUAGCUGGAGGAGGUGGUGGAAGAGAGGGAGGUCUGGGUGUCUGUCCAGAGUUCUGCUCCUGCGACUUGGACCCAAACAAUUGGUAGAAAAUGUGAAUCUGUGUGAUUUGUGGAAACAGAUGUUGCUGUUUGUUUGUUUUUUGUUACUUUUUGCACUGCAAGGUGAGUGCUAUCUCGUUCAUUUUAAUUUUAUUUAUAUGUAUAUAUAUAUAUAUAUAUAUAUAUAUAAUGAAGUGAAGGCAGACAUCUUUACAGCUGAUAUCCAUGAGCCCCUGUCCAGAUACUUUUGUACCUGACUGUAUUUCAUGACACUAGCUGAAAAAAAACCACAGCCCUGCUUGUUGUGUGUCCAUUAAUGAAGUGGCUUCUUCCUGUAGGACUGCUGGUAGCUGGCAGCAUGUACUGUAUAUCUAUCUGUAUGAGCUUAAAUAGCAUCGUUGCACUAUGCUGAUGGCCACAAGUCGUUUUGUUGAAUGUAACUUCCGAUGCAUUCCAUUGUGUUUACUACUCGCUGUACGCUGUGCAGUUUAAAAAGCCCGAGAGCCCAAAGGCAGAGUGAGUAUGACCUUUUAAUAAAGGAGAUCUAUUCA